ACAUGUGACUAUUGGGAUUGAGAGAGGAAUGUUAAUUAGCCUGGAGCAAAUAUCCAUUUAGGGAUAUAAAUAGCCAGAUACUGGUUUUGACAAACAGAGUCGUUGGCGAAAGCCAGAAAUUUAUACGAAUUAUUUUUCUCAAGCAAAUCAUUUGAAAUCUUCAUGCUUGGGUGGCCUGAUCUGAUCUGAGAUAUGGAGCAGGCAGAACUUACAACGGAGCAGGUUCUCAAGAGGGAUAUACCAUGGGAAACGUACAUGACCGCAAAGUUGAUCACUGGGACAUGUCUACAGUUGUUGAGGCGCUAUGACCAUAGACCUGAAAAUGUUCAAGCCGCUUUAAUUGAUGAUGAUGGCCCUGCUUACAUCCGAGUAUUUGUAUCCAUUUUGCGUGAUAUUACUAAAGAAGAAACUCUAGAAUAUGUACUUGCUCUUAUUGAUGAAAUGCUUACAGCAAACCCAAUGCGUGCAAAACUCUUCCAUGACAGUUCACUAUCAAAUGAAGAUGUUUAUCAACCUUUUUUGAGGUUACUGUCCAAAGGAAACUGGUUCAUCCAAGAGAAAAGCUGCAAAAUACUCACUUUGAUAAUAAGCUCUAAGAAGAAAUCGAUGAAAGAUGCUAUCAUUUACAAUGGGGAAGCUUCGGGUUCAAAACAAACAUUUACAACUAUUGAUGAUGUUCUUAGAGGAUUGGUUGACUGGCUAUGUAAUCAGUUAAGAAGACCCUCACAUCCAGUUCGUGGAAUACCUACAGCUGUGAGUUCCUUGGCAACAUUGCUAAGAGAACCUCUGGUUAGAUCACUAUUUGUAAAGGCGGAUGGGGUGAAACUCCUAACUCCUCUUCUUUCACCAGCAUCUGCUCAGCAGUACGUUCAGCUCCUCUAUGAGACAGCUCUUUGUAUAUGGCUCCUUUCAUUUUAUGAUGCUGCUAUGGAUGCGUUAGCCAUGACUCGCACUUUACCUCGUUUAGUGGAGAUUGUCAAAAGCUCCACAAAAGAAAAGGUUGUAAGGGUCACUGUCUUGACAUUGAAAAACAUGCUUAUUAAAGGAACGUUUGCAAGUGAAAUGGUGGAUCUUGGGUUGCCACAAAUUGUGCAAAACUUAAAAUCACAGACUUGGAGUGAUGAGGAUCUAGUUGAAGCAUUAAAUUUUCUGGAAGAAGGCUUAAAGGAUAGCAUUAGAAAAUUAAGUUCUUUUGACAAGUACAAACAGGAGGUUAUGCUUGGAAAUCUUGAUUGGUCCCCAAUGCACAAGGAUCCAUCAUUUUGGUCUGAAAAUAUUACUAAAUUUGAAGAUAAUGACUUCCAGGUCUUACGUGUUUUAAUUGCAAUACUUGAUAAUUCUGGAGAUCCAAGGACACUCGCUGUGGCUUGCUAUGAUAUUUCUCAAUUCAUUCAGUAUCAUCCAGUUGGGAGAGGCAUUGUUUUAGACCUGAAAGGUAAAGAGCGUAUCAUGAAACAUAUGGAUCAUGAGAGCUCAGAAGUAAGAAAGAAUGCCCUGCUGUGUGUGCAAAAGCUUUUGCUUAGUGCAAAGUAUGUGAGCUAUUUGCAAUCAUAAAUUAAUUAAUUAUUACUUUAGUAUUUGUUGCUGUUAAGGCUUUCUUACAUGACAAUCUUUGGCAAGAAGGCUUACACAUAUGAGGAGCACACUGAGACUCCCUUUAAUUUUAUUUUUUAAAGCUGCAUAUUGUUUUGUCAGCUAUUUGCAAUCAUAAAUUUAUUUAUUUUUAUAUCAGGUAUUUGGCACUGUAAGGCUUUCUAACA